UAAUUAUGUUUUGUUUUUUUUUGUCUCGAUUUCCAAUUGAUCCUGUAAAAUAUAUAUAUUUUUUAAAAGCUGCACAUGACAGGAAAAUUCGCACGUUUCCUACCCGAAGAUGAAUAGUGAUCAAUCUCCGCGUUUGUAUAGAUUAACUGCUCCUCUCUAAUCAACACCUCUCCAAAGUGUCACCUUUCAAAUCUAAUUACCGGGAGCAAUUCGUUAGAUAGAGGAUGAGGACGAUGCGCCAGAACCCCCACUGGAAGAUCUUCGAGUUUCAAACUUUUUCCUAACGUUUUCAGUCAGUUUUCAAUGUAAAUCUUCAAGGUUUUUUUUAUUUUUUUAUUAAGGAAACAGACAAUAUCACCCAAAUAUAGAAAUACAGAUGCUGAUGUGUGGUUAAAUACUUCAGUUUGCAGCCUCAUUGUUUGUUCCCUUAAAGUCUUUUGUUAUCAGCAUUACUUAUCAGUCAACACUGGGCUUUGUUUCUGCAAAUGGCCCCCCGAUCAGCUGUCUAUUUAGCUUCGUCCCCAACCUGUGGAUGUAUAUGCUAAUUGGGUGCUCAGUCGGGGCGCAUUUUAACGACAAUGUUUUGUUUUUUUGGUGGCGCAAGAAAAGGAGGAGCGGGUGGGAGAGAUUUUUAGGCGGAGUUAUAGAAGCUGUUAGCGUGAUGGUUGGGAGGGGGGUUUGAUGGCGUAAACGCCUGUCAGCCAGACAGAGCAUCUUCAGUCCAGUGGGAACAGCGGGGGGUCUCCAUUCGGCUUUAAGAGCCCCGCGAGUUGGAGGACGCCCACUUUUUUUGAAACUCGCCGCUGUGCGGAAAGGCUGCGCGUAAAGACAGGCGGACGUUGGCUGCUCUGAGUUUUCUUAAUAUUUUCUUCGUAAUUUGUAUAUUUUCCUUCAGAUUCAUCUGGAUCAUUUAAGAAUUGCCAGGGGGGGGACAAAAGUUUUGCGCCCUUUUCUUUACUACUUUUUUGGAUCGGGGGUAUCUGCACCGGACGCAAGCAUGAUGUCCUAUUUGAAGCAACCGCCGUACACGGUGAACGGACUGAGCCUAUCUACCUCAGGGGUGGACUUACUGCAUCCUUCAGUGGGAUACCAAGCGACCCCUCGCAAACAGAGGAGGGAGAGGACCACCUUCACCCGGGCCCAGCUCGAUGUGCUGGAGAACUUGUUCGCUAAGACCCGCUACCCUGACAUUUUCAUGAGGGAAGAAGUGGCCUUAAAGAUCAACCUUCCUGAAUCCAGAGUGCAAGUCUGGUUCAAAAACAGGCGAGCCAAACAUCGCCAGCAGGCCCAGCAGACCCAGACUGGCGUGCAGAAUAAGUCUGUCAGCAGGCCGGUGAAAAAGAAAGGCUCUCCGGUAAGAGAGGCCAGCUCUGAGAGCGGAGCCAGUGGCCAGUUCACGCCGCCCUCCAGCACCCCCAUCCCGGCUGUAAGCAGCAGCAGCAGCAGUGCGGCGCCUGUCUCCAUCUGGAGCCCGGCAUCCAUCUCCCCGCUCUCCGACCCGCUGUCCACAACCUCCUCCUCCUCCUCCUGCAUGCAGCGCUCAUACCCGAUGACCUACACCCAGGCAACGGGCUACAACCAGGGCUACACGGGUUCCUCGUCCUACUUCACCGGGAUGGACUGCGGCUCCUACCUGUCACCCAUGCACCACCAGCUGUCCGCCGCGGGCUCCGCCAUGAGCCCUAUGGGCGGCAGCGGGGUGUCCAGCCACUUGAGUCCGGCGUCUUCGCUAUCCUCGUCGGCGUACGGAGCGGCUGGGCUCGGCUUUACCGGCGCCGCGGACUGUCUGGACUAUAAGGACCAAACUGCAUCCUCAUGGAAGCUAAAUUUCAAUUCGGACUGUUUGGAUUAUAAAGACCAAGCAGCUUGGAAAUUUCAAGUGUUGUGAGGGAAGAAAU